GUUCCACAACCCAGGUUAGUAUUUUCCCGCUAAGCCACAAUGGGAACCGACGACGACAACUGGUCGAUGCAGUGCUGCGAACUGGAUGAUCUGAUUCCCUUGCCGGAAGAUCUGGAAAGCGCCUAUGUCGCACUGGAAAACGGAUCCUACCCGCUGGAGCUGAAUUGGAAGUGUCCCGGCCGGAGGCCUCCUUCGCCGGUGCAAAAAGAUGAACCCAAGGUGACCGAAGCCGUGGAGAAGGAAACACCAACCAAGAACAAGGAAUUUGAUUUCAUGGACGAUGUGCCACUACCUCAGAUGCGUGUCCGCACCCAAAACAGUGGACCGAAGGGAUCGGCCAAGAAGAAGACGACCAACUUUGCCGGGGUGCUGGAUCAGAUGAAGAAGCACGGACGGUUGACUGCGCUGAAGGAAGGUGCGGCUGCUGCGGCAGCCACAACAGGUUCGGGUGCUUCUUCUGGAGGGGGCGGCGCUGGUGGAAGUAGUAAUUAGAUUUAGACUGUGCGGU